AUGAGCAUCGUCGCUACCAACCUCAACUUUCGGUAUCCCGGAGCAAACAAGGACGUCCUACACGGUAUCAAUCUCACCAUCCUUCCCGGUACAACACUCGCUAUCGUCGGGCUGAAUGGCUCGGGCAAGACCACACUCACCAAGGCCUUGAUGGGUCUUUAUGAGCAUCAGGGGUCACUCCUCCUCAACGGUCGCCCCAUCACCGCUUACGACCCCGCAACGAUCCAUCGGCGGACGUCCUGUCUCUUCCAGGACUUUUGCCGCUACUCGUUCACGCUUCGCGAGAACGUCGGAAUCGGCAAUGUGGAUCAGAUGGCGGAGGAUACGGCGCUGGAGAUAGCGAUGGAUCGAGGUGGCGCCCUGGGGAUCAAGGAAAAGGUCGGGCUCGAGGGGAAAUUGAACCGAUAUGGGUCUGGCGGUGGGGAGGGGGAGGAUGAAAAUACCGCGAGUCUCAGCGGUGGUCAGUGGCAAAGGGUGGCGUUAUCGAGAUCUUUCAUGCGGGCGAGCGAGGCGGAUCUUGUCAUCUUCGAUGAGCCCUCGGCCAGCCUCGACCCUAAAGCUGAAGCUCAGCUCUUCGAUCGUAUCCACGCGCUCAGCCGUCAAAAUGGUAGGCGUUGCACUACCAUCUACAUCUCGCACAGAUUCUCCACUGGCAUGAAAGCCGACCAGAUCGCCGUUGUGGAAGAUGGGACUAUCACGGAAUGCGGACCUCACGCUGAGCUGAUGGCUAAGGCAGGGAGAUAUGCGGAGCUGUACAACAUACAGAAAGCAGGGUUUGAGGAGUGA